AUGUUUGGGUGGAAUAUUGUUAACUUCACCGAAGACAAUACAGUCUCAGUUGUACCUGAUAUAUGGUUAAAAAAAAAUAUUUGUGCCUGGCCAAAAGAUCAGAAAAACUCUCAAAAAAUAAUCGAAAGUCGAGUAAAGCCUAACAAGAAUGAUUUUUAUUUUUACAACAUUCGAAAAAUGUCAGGAAAAACAUAUACUUCGUUAGAUAAGGCUAAAUCGAAAUUGCCCAAAGCAAUGAUAAAAUCAGAUUUGUCAUCUACCGAAGAUGAAAAUUUUAAUGGUGUACCAAAAUAUGAUUUGAAACGCAGUGCAUCUCCCAAAAACAAGUUAUCUAAAAAAGUGAAACUUCACUCAGAAUUUCAGCAUGAAAGUUCUUCAAGUUGCCCACCACAGUAUAACCCUGUAAAAGGUACUUAA